AAGCACGAGACGCUCCCGCGCGUGCUCCCACAAAGAAAACGGUCGAAGCUGCGAGCGGGGCGUGCAACGUUAGGUUCGGCGCAGCUGUGACGCCCGAACGAGCACGAUAAAUCGCCUAACCAAAAAAGAGCUCCGCCACGAACCAUGGCGACCUCGGCCACCGCUUCCCUCCUGCUGGUGGUGGCAGCGUGGAUGUCCGCGUCCACGCCCGUCCUGGCCGUCUGCCGCCCCGAGUACCGCAAGAGACCGACUCACACCGCCUGCCAGCAUCCCGCAUCUUGGUGCAAGGUGGUCACUAGCGGCGUGAGCGCGGCCGAGCGCACCCUCAUUCUGAAGAUCCACAACGACUACCGCAGCCAGGUCGCGCAGGGCCGACUACCGGGAUUUCCGGCGGCAACCGACAUGCAGGAGCUGAUCUGGGACGACGAGAUGGCCGACGUGGCGCAGGCCCACGCAAGCCUCUGCAUCCCGCCCGGCGGUCGCUUGAGCCACGACAAGCACGAUGACCGCUUCACGACGCGCUUCGACGUCACGGGCCAGAACUUGGGACUGCAGUUCGCGACGAACGCCCCUACGGGACCCAACUGGAAGCUGAUCAUCGAGAACUGGUUCAACGAGUACGCGGACUACCCGUCGAGCCUCGUCUCCGGUUUCCCGAGAAGGCCGACGCGCAAGGCAACGGGCCACUUCACCCAGGUCGUCUGGGCCAAGACUCGCUACCUGGGCUGCGGCUACGCCUACUUCGUCGCCACGGGCACGCACCUUCCGCACACGCGCAAGUACACGUGCAACUACUACGCGUCCGGAAACGUGGUGACGCUGCCCGUGUACCAGAGCGGCGCCACGUGCAGCGCCUGCCCGUCCUCCACCCGGUGCGACCAGUCGACGGGCCUGUGCUCCGGCGGCGGCGGGUCGUCGGGCGAGCAAGUACCCCGAACGCCAGUGCCCACAGCCCCAGUACCCCAAGAUCAUUCACUGCCCCCAGACCCAGAGCCCCGAGACCCAGAGCCCCAGCACCCAGUAGCCCAAGCCCAGUGCACUCCGGAGCUGCGCCGUACGAGACCGACGCACACGCUGUGCAAGCCUCCGAACCCGAGGUGCAAAAUUCGCAACAGGGGCGUGAGCGCGGCCGAUCGCUCGCUCAUCCUGCAGCUGCACAACAGGUACCGGAGCCAAGUCGCGCAGGGCCGCCUGCGGGGAUUCGCGACGGCCGCCGACAUGUACCGACUGCGCUGGGACGACGAGAUGGCCGACGUGGCGCAGGCACACUCCAACCAGUGUACAGAGCCCGGCGCCGCGAUCUACCACGACGACCACCUCGACCGCUCUACGUCGCGCUUCAACCUGACCGGCCAGAACCUAGCCUGGGCGGGGCGACACUGGUCUCCUCCGACGCCCAACUGGACGUUCAUCCUCGACUCGUGGUUCAACGAGUACCAGUACUACUCCCCGAGAGACGUCCGCGCGUUCAACCCUUACACGGCGCGGCAGACGAAGCACUUCACCCAGAUCAUCUGGGCCAAGACUCACCACGUCGGCUGCGGCUACGUCAACUACAGCUUCGCCGACCCGAGCGCCACUCCCCCGUACAUGGAGUUGUACGCCUGCAACUACGGCCCGACCGGAAACGUUGUCAACGUGAGGGCGAAGCUGCCCAUCUACGAGGAGGGCCCCACGUGCAGCGCCUGCCCGGCCAAAGCUCGCUGCAACCAGGCCACGGGUCUGUGCGGCGGCGCGGGGCGCGCUCCUCGGCCACCGCCUCCACCGCCUCCCCCGGCUGACGAUGUUCCCCAUCCGCAGCCAAAGCCUCAUCCAGCGACGACUCAGCCUGGCGGCGGAGGUGGCGGCGGAGGUGGCGGCGGAGGUGGAGACACAGGCGGGCAAAGUGGGGACAGCCCGGAAAGCAGCAGCAGUUCCGGAAGCUCUGCGGAGGAAGACAAGCCGUCCAUCUGGCUACCCUUGAUUGCAGGCUUAGUCGUGGGGGCGAUGGCGCUGACGUGCUGCCUCUACAUUGCUUUCGCGCAGAAAAAGGGAGACCAACCGCAAGAGCAGGCGGCACCCGGAGGGAUGGAGACCCAGCAGUCGACGGCGGCGUUCUAGGUCAGCGCGGCCAGUUUCCAAAGGCUGUCCGGGGAUGAGGCGUCCCUUUGUCCCAAAGCGAACCGGCAUGCGCCGUGCGCAGCUAGUCUUGCGCGAUGUACUUAAUCUUCGCUUGGGUAUUACAUAGACUUGCAUGUGUAAUUAAAAGACUGUUAGCCUACUUGGAUGUUACAUUACGAGA